AGUGGCCUCAAAAUAUUGUUUACUUUCUCAGUCGGAAGCCGGCGACUUGAACCCUGUGGGAUAUUUAAACCAGAUCUGGUCCAGAUAGAAUCUUCAUCUCAAAAAUGUCAUACAGAGCGACAAAGUCCGGCCUGGCGGCUGAGGCCCAAGGAAAGAUCAAGGGUAAAUAUGACCAGGUUGAAGCACAAAGAGCUCUUGAUUUCAUCAGCAGAAAAACUGGAGAAAGUUUUAACACAGCAGGAGACAUGGACAAUUUCCAGAGUCAACUCAAAGACGGUGUCAAACUCUGCAAAUUAGUAAAUGCGAUUAAACCAGGGUCCAUUUCAGCGAAGAAAUAUGAAAAAAGUCCAACUUUACCAUUCAAACAAAUGGAACUUAUUGGUCUUGCCAUUGAUCAAAUGAAAGCAUUGGGGGUCCCAGAUCAUGAAAUGUUUGCCACUGUGGACUUACACGAGGCCCAGAAUCUCCAUCAGUGCGUUAUUGGAAUAAGCGCUCUAGCCAGGAAGAUUGGUGCAUAUGGACCUAAGGAGGCAGAAGCUAACAAGCGUGAUUUCACAGAAGAACAACUUAAAGCUGGACAGAAUAUUAUUGGUCUACAGAUGGGUACUAAUAAAGGUGCUAACCAAUCAGGAAUGAAUAUCGGAAACACCCGGCAUAUAGUCGACUAAACCAUCCAAUCAAUUCAUUGUGCAAGAUAUUCGCAACUCAAGCAUUUACAAUUAGGUUUUUGCUUAGUUUUUGAGCAACCGUGCUACUGAAUAUUUCGCUUCUUUAAAUCAAUGCUAACAACAAGCGAUAAUAGUUUUUUUCAUAAUUGUAUUUGCUCACACAGUUCAGUGUAUGUAAAGAUUUAAAAAAUUCGACCAAAUCAUGAAUUUUUACUUGGAAGCAGGCUUUUGUUUUCAUUCGCAAUAUUGAUUAGGGCAGUAUAAACACGGAAAGGGACCAAUGAUGACGUAUUACACUUACGUCAUAAACCAUUUUAUUGUUAUUUAGCUGAUUUACAUUAUUGUUUACAUGGUUUAUAUAAUAAACUUUUUAUACAAUAAAA